AUGGCCGCCAAUCGUGAAACCCCCUACAAAGGCAGCAACCACGGAGACUUCAAGGAGAUCGAAUCUUCCCGACCAGCAUGGGAAGAAGCUACCACCGCUCCCUUCCAAAUCAUUCAAACUCCCGACACAGCAUGGACCCUAGGGAGCGGAGCGAACAAGACUCACAAUCCUAAUGGCCACAAGCAUAUCUCCAUCGACCCCUGGGCACCCGGUCGUCACCCCAUGAACAACUACAAGCUGUGUAUCAGUGCUGUUGUCCCCCGCCCCAUCGCCUUCGUAUCGACAAGAUCUAAGGACGGCAAAGUUACAAAUUUGGCACCUUUUAGCUUCUUUAAUAUGGUGCAUGCAGACCCACCUCUCUUUGUGUUGGGUCUCACGACGCCACUCGACACGCCCAACGACACCCUACAAAACCUGGAAGAGACGGGAGAAUGUGUCAUUACCAUAGUCACUGAAGGCACUGUCGAAGCAGCCAACGCAGCAGGCAUCAACAACCCGUACGGUGUUUCCGAGUGGGAUGCUAGUGGGCUGAAGCCUAUUUAUGACUGCAAGACGGUUUCCUGCGCGCGACCAGAAGAGGCCGUAUUUAGCAUGGAGGGCAAGGUCGAAAGCAUUCGUGAAUUCAACAGUAAAGUAUUCCCGGGAAAAAAGUCUGGUUCGCUGGUAGUAGUGGAAGCCACACAUUUCUGGGCGCGCGAGGAUGCCAUCAAUGAGGACAGGAAUUUGAUCGAUAUCAAGGUAUUUGCCCUUUUCCUGUUUUAA